AUGGCACAACCCGACCUUACAUCGCAUCACAUCAACUACCUAAUAUGGAGGUAUCUCCAGGAGUCAGGUCAUGGUGAAGCUGCGGUAUCACUACAGCGUGCGUGGUAUCCAGAGCCGCAAAGUUUACCCUUUGCGCGUCACAUUAAAACCCAUGCAUUGGUGUCGCUGGUCCAGAAAGGCUUGCAAUAUCAUGAGCUGGAAUCCUCAAUCGACAAGGAGGGAAAUCCUACUUCUUUAACCCCAGACGACCAGUUUUUCGGCCCGGAACCCUUUGAAGCAAUCGCCUUGAGAAGCCGGUUGGAGGCUGGCACAGACCACCCCGCCCCAGAACCCGCGCAACACGACCGCGCCACUAAUGGCCAUGCGCCAGAAAUCCCCACUCAAAAAAAGAAAUCUGAAACUCAUGGCGAAUCUAUGGAAGUGGACGUUCAGACCGAGAGCAAACCAGCCUCGCCUAUCCCGGAGCCCGUGGACGGGGACGGAGACGUGAGCAUGGGGGCCGAUGAGAUGCCUCAGGAACCCACUCUCAGUGUGGGCACAAGCGUCGGCGUCCAGAUUUCCCCCGCCAAGGCCGCCGAUUUGACACCCGACACCGCCUGCCUAGAUCUUGAUGAUCACGUGGUUAGUACGGCUUGGCGACCUGGUGACCCAACAGUAUUAGUAGCCAGAGGAGAGACUUCUUGCAGCUUAUGGAAAUUAUCAUCGUCAUCUGCGCCUGUUCAAAAGAAAUUCCAUACACCGAAGAGCCCCGGAGACUAUGUAUCAGCGGUCGCCUGGGAUGCGGUUGGAAAUCAGUUGGCUGUGGCCUCAAUCCGAGAUAUGAAAGGCACAAUAACUAUGUAUAAUGCCGAGGGCAAUGCGAUGGAUCUCCUUCCAGAUCUUCCGCGCAUCAUUAAUGGCUUGCAUUGGUCGGAACACAGCCCCCAGCUGGUGAUUGUUGCAUCCGACGAACGGACCUCCGAAUUAGCACUCUGGGACGGUGCUCGACGACCAGAUGUGUAUCCAGCUCCACAGGUAGUGGAAGGCCACAUUUACGACUUGUCAUGGUCUGGACCAGAUGAGCUGUUUGCAUGUGGUGAUGAAAAGGUCUACCAUUGCGGAGUAGAUCAAAAUAUCCGCAUGAUCAAGGAGUACAAGCUCCAGGAUAAGGAGAUAGCGUGGAACUUCAUUCGCUGUACUCAAGUCGCUAGUGGUUCCGUAACAGUUGUUGCAAGCUCAGAAAGUGCGACAAUUUGGAUCCCAACACACGACAUUCUCAUUGAACAGGCGCAUCAGGAUGCGAUCACUGGCAUUGAUAUUCGCUCUCAAUCACCCGCUCAACGACGAACUUCAUCGAUUACAGGGAAAUCUCCAAUCACCAUUGUGUCAUAUUCGAUCGACUGUACUGUUAAUGUGUGGAAUGUCGACCUCGAACAGAAAGAUUUCAAGCGAAUUCACAGGUUCCGCCUGGGUCCUGACACCCCCGCGCUUGAUGGUGGAUUCUCGCCUGAUGGAUUCGCUCUUGGCGCAGUCAGCAAAGAUCGACUGUUUAUUUGGAAUGCUGAACGUGGUGGUGAUCCCAUGGCAGUAUGGUCUCCCCCAGCUUCAGAAGAAGUAAAAGAAGAAGGCGAUUCUGCAACAAACGGACAGAAUGGUCAUGGCAAUUCAAUCGAUGGUGCUCUCUCGUGGGAUCCGGAUGGUAAAAAGCUGGCAUAUGGAUUUGGAAAGAAGAUGGCUAUCGUGAAUCUGCAGCGGUGA